AUGCGGCAGUUUAAUCCCUUAUCCCCGGUGUCGCCAAAAGACGUUGGCUACAGAAGCAUCCCAAGCAAAGAGGAUCAACCUUUCUGUCUGGUCAACAUUCUAGCAGCUGACCAAGUGUCAGUGAUGAACCAGGAGGUUAUCGACAAGAUGAAGCAGAUCCAUCAGGCAGCUACAUCUCUGAGUAUCACUGGAUUGAUCAUAAAAUGGGAAUAUUUGGAUAAGUGCAAACAUGAGACACCACCUCCACCACCAGAAUUUGAUACGCCAUGGAGGACAGUGCCUUGGGGGAAUAAAGACGCUUUAGAAGAGAAACUGAGGAACUUUAAGCUCAACAGUACUGAUGUUAAGUUUGUCAGGUUUCUGAUCGUUGGUGAAGUUGGAGCAGGAAAGUCCAGCUUUAUAAAUUCAGUCAAUAAUGUUUUCCAAAAGCGAAUCACCUCUGGGGCACUUGCUGGAACAUGUGGAACCAGUUUCACAAGAAAAUAUAAAACCCAUUAUAUCAAAGGGAAGGGUGGCUCCCAUUUGCCUUUUGUCUUCAAUGAUAUCAUGGGACUUGAACGUGAACGUACCGCAGGCAUAUGUGUAGAUGAUAUUAUCUCAGCCAUAAAGGGGCUGAUUGAGGAAGGAUACAACUUUAAUCCUCUUCAUCCUGCAUCUGAGAAAGACUCCAAAAACAAUCCCAAGGUUUCUGAUCAAACCUUCUGCCUGGUCAACGUUCUAGAUGCAAACAAAGUGUCAUUCGUGAACCAAGAGCUAAUUGAUAAGAUGAUACGGAUUCGUGAGGCGGCUUCAGAGUUAGAUUUGCCUCAGGUCAUCGUCAUGACAAAAGUUGAUGAAAUUUGCCCACUGGUUAAAGAGGACAUAAGAAAGGUCUACACCAGCAAGAAGAUUAAAGAAAAGAUGCAGGGGUGCAGUAAUGUACUGGGGAUUCCAAUGAACCACAUCUUCCCUGUGAAGAAUUACCAUGAAGAGAUUGACACAGUUGAUGACAUGGAUGUUCUGAUCCUCAAGGCACUUGAUCAGAUUGUGAAUCUUGCCAAUGAUCAGCUGGAAAACCAAACCUUUUGUGAAAAACUGCAGUGAAGACUUUUUUUCACUUUUACACUCAUGAGAAGAGUAAACAUAGUGAAAAAAAUGAGUCAGCAAUAAAUUGUAUAAUAGGUCAAAGAUCACAGCAUCAAAUGGUGAAGGGCAAUAAUAGAGAGACAUAAAGAAUCUUUUCACAGAUAAUCUGUAAUUUAAGAUCAUUUCCUCUACUUUAAUCAUACCUGGUU